CCUGUCCACCGCCAUCUUCGAAGACUCACCUCCCUCUGCCUUUUUGUUGCCGGACCUUUUGCCCUAAAUAUAGCCUCUCCCUUCUUAACCGGAGUAAGCCUCUCUCGUCUAUUCCGCACCCUUGCAUUCGAGAUAUUGCCUGUUACCGUAUAGCCAUAGUAAAGCCUCUCUCUCUUCCUUACGCAAAGCUCGAGAACUGAUGAAGAAAAGUGAGUUUCUGCUCAAAUCGGGGCCUCGUCUCCUGUCGCUUCGCUCGUUCUCGACCUUUUGCGAGAAGACCUCCUUCCUUCGGGAUGUGCGGGCGUCAUUUCACGGUGCUGUGAGGCCUGCAAUGUGCCGAUUUCGAUCGCCCAUCUCGGAACAAGGGGUCACAAGCAUCCCAACACAACAAAACUUUGAUCGAUUGGAUAUCGGACGAUGUAGUAUUUUCCGGUUAUACCCAGUUUCAAGGAAGUGCUUGAGGAGCGAAGAGGAGACUCGUAAUGAUGGGCUUCUCAGCAAAGAGGAGACUAUUAUUAAUGAGCUUCCCAAAGAAUACCACGAUGAGAUCAAGGAGACUUCUGUGGAUGGCAUGCCAUCAUCAGGCUUCAAGUAUGAUGUGUUCUUGAGCUUCCGAGGACCUGAUGUUCGCCGCACGUUUGUGGAUUGCCUCUACUAUAGCCUACUUGACUCUGGAAUAACUGUCUUCAAAGAUGACAAAGAGCUUCCUGUAGGCGGGGAAAUUGGACUGGAGCUCAAGUGUGCUAUCGACAACUCAAGGAUCCACAUGCCGAUUUUCUCGGAAGGCUAUGCAUCUAGCUCUUGGUGCCUCCAGGAGCUAGCGUACAUGGUGAAGUGCCGGAAAAAAUCCGUGGGACACGAAAUCGCUCCUAUUUUCCAUGGAGUGAGUCCUUCAGAUGUCAGGCUCAGGAGGGGUUCAUUCAGCAAGGACCUGCUUCAGCAUGAGCAGUAUUACAGCAAGGAGACGGUGCGAGAGUGGGAGGAGGCUCUAAGAGAGGUCGCAGAUCUAUCAGGAUGGGACGCAAACACCUUAGAGCAUGGUAGACUUAUCAAAGAUAUUGUUCUAAAGAUUUAUAAUAAGCUGAAGAAGAGACAAAAGGUUCUUCCCGAUCAUUUAGUUGGAAUUGAUGAUCGAGUCAAAGAUGUGGUGCGGCAGUUGGACCCCGGCUCCCUGGAUGUACGAUUUCUUGUUGUGCAUGGUAUGGAAGGAAUUGGCAAGACAACUCUUGCCAAGUCAGUUUUCAACGAGAUAGCUCCUCUGUUUGAUGGUUGUAGCUUCCUUUCAGACAUCCGAAAGAGCUCACAAGUCGGUGGCAUCAGAAGGUUUCAAAAACAGCUGUUAUCCGAUAUCCUGAAGAAGAACAUAGAUGUCCAGGACAUUGAUGAUGGUAUCAACAUGAUACGAGAAAAGUUUUGCAACAAGAGGGUCUUCAUUGUCUUUGAUAAUGUGGAUAAGCCAGAGCAGCUCCUGAAACUGAUGGGGAACUGUGACUCACUCGGCCAUGGAAGCAAGGUGAUUGUCACGACUGGGAAUGUGGGUCUUAAAGCAUUUCUUCCUAAACAGCAUCUUGCUUAUGAGAUGAGACAGUUGAAUCCUUGGCAUGCUCUUCAACUUUUCAGUAAGCAUGCCUUUGGAGAAAGGCUACCUCCAGAUGAUUAUGAAUGUAUUUCCAGUGAAAUAGUGGCCACAAUCGGAGGAAAUCCUUUUGCUCUUGAAGCUUCAGGUUCUUUCCUCCGUGGCAAAAGUCUCAGGAUAUGGUUAGAAGAAUUGGAGCGUUUAAAGGAAGUACCUAAUAGGGUAGUCCUAGAGGAGUUGAGGAUAAUUUAUGAGGCAUUAAGCUUUCAGGAGAAGCAAAUUUUUUUAGACAUUGCAACAUUUUAUGACGGCAUGGAUAGCACGACUGCAACAUUUAUGUGGAAAAGUUGUGGUUAUUUCCCUGAAAGCGGACUUGCUACUCUCACUGCUUUGUCUCUGUUAAAGAUAGACCAUCACAAUAUUUUUCAGAUGCACAACCUGAUCAGAGAUUUUGGAAGGGAAAUUGUUCGAGAGGAGAAUUAUCUGAGUCUAGGAAGUCAAAGCAGAUUGUGGGAAUCAGAGGAAUGCCUUCACGUCCUUUGUGAUCCGAUUGAUCAUGGGCAAAAGAGUAGUGUUCAACUACUUAGCUUAAAAGUCCCUGAGGGACGGACGCUUACGAGUCAACAAUUUGCUGCUCUGCCAAAUCUAAGGAUUCUUCAUGUUGAAGGGGGAAACUUCACUGGAGAUUAUGAGAAUGUUUUCAGAGAAUUAAGAUCGCUGUAUUGGAAUUGUUGUCCUGCAGAAUUGGAUGUGAUCAAUUUCUCUCCAAGCAAUCUAGUUGUUCUCAAGCUUUCUGGUACUGAACUUAGAGAUGAUUGGCCUGGAUGGCACCAAAUCCUGAAAUCAUCCAAAUUGAAAGAACUGGAACUUGGAGAUUGCAGCCACUUAACUAGAUUGCCUGACCUCUCUGCCAUCUCAACAUUGGAAAGACUGACCAUACGAAAUUGCCAAAGCUUAGUUGAAAUUGGUAAAUCAAUUGGUAAGCUAGUACACCUGAAUUACUUGGAAAUUGAUGUGUGCAAUCGUCUGAGAGAGUUGCCUGAAGAAGUUGGCUGUUUAAAGGCUUUGAAAGAGCUGAUUGUGAGAGGGACAAUACUUGGUCCUGUUGGUUCAUAUCUUCCCCACUUGAUUGGUAAUCUACAGUGUUUGACAAGGCUAGAGAUGGAAAGUGUUGGAAUUGGCGAACUUCCAAAAUCAAUUGGACAGCUAAAGGACCUUGAAAGGUUGAGUUUCUCCAGAUGUGAUGAGCUAAGAAAGCUUCCAGACUCGAUUGGGGAAUUGGAAUCACUACGUGAGUUGGAUCUGUCUCAUACAAAAGUAACGGAAUUACCUGAUUCGAUUGGAAAACUGAGGAAGUUAGAAGUGAUAAGGAUAGAUCAUAGCAAGAUAAGGAAGAUCCCGGGGACUAUAGGAAUGGUGGAAAAGCUAGAGGAAUUUCAUGCCAAAAAAUGCGUGAAUUUGAAGGGAGAUAUUCCUAGAGGAAUUGGGCUCCUAUCGUUUCUGAAAAUCCUAGACUUAUCUCACACUUGCAUUCAAUCCGUGCCGACAACAAUCAACCAGCUUUCUCAUCUUCAAGAACUUUAUUUGGAAAGUAGCCAUAAAAUUAAACAAAUCCCAGAACUUCCUGCGAGUUUGAUUACCCUGUAUGUCGAGUCUCGCUCAUUGAAGAGAGUCCCAAACCUCGCAAACCUCACCAAUUUAGUCAAUCUAAUUGUAUCUGACUGCUCUGAGGAAUCUCUUUCUAGCCCUCACGUUGCCGAUUUUAGCCAGUCUCCAAACCUGGAGUGGAUUGGGAAGUUGUCUAGACUGGAGAGCCUGAAAUUGGUUCAUAAAAGCAUCAAUUCACUGCCAAUUAAGUUAGCUUCCCUUCCUGGCCUGGAGCGACUAGUUCUGUCUUGUUUUAACUUGCAAUGCCUCACUCAACCGCUUCCUUCCACACUCUCCAAGCUGAAGUUUAUAAACUUAAACUCAUUGGCAGAAUUACCGCCCUGUUCUGACUUGAAAAAUAUGUCGACGUUGGAGCUGUGUAAAUCGUUGCUGACAGUAAUUCCACUCGGUCAGUUUGGACAAUGGGAGAAUCUGAGGGAACUGACCGUGUCGAACUGCACAUAUCUGCGGCUGUUAUCCUGUCCGUCAGGCUUGAAGAAGCUCAGAGUGUUGUGCUUGUCGAAUUGCCCAAGGCUAGUUGAGAUCCUAGGUCUUGAAGAACUGGAAUCGCUGGAAAGUAUAAGGAUUGACGAGUGCAGCUCCCUAGUAAGGUUUCCUAAUCUCUUGAAGUUAAAGAAGUUGAAGACCAUCGAAUUCAUAUCCUGCAGAUCGUUAGAAAUAUUGCCUUCUCUAUCUCCGGCAGCUUUCAAACGUUGUCAUCUAGUAGUUGACAGAUGUGAUAAGCUAGCCAACCACAAUGGCCCUUGCUGGAGUUAAGCUAGCCAACCGCAAUGGCCAUUGCUGGAGUCACAAAGACAAAAGGCAAUGUCCAUGCACCAUUCGCCCCUAUGAGCCGGGUGGACAACACUCACCUUGUCCUGUUUGCUUAUAGCUUCCCUGAGAAUGAGAUUUCUUUGGUAGAGGAUAUGCUGGGCCUCAAUUGUAGACAAAGUCCGAAUUUGUGAUGCGGAAAUGAUUGAAGUACAGAGUCUUGAUCGGGUACCAUCUCUUCCCUGGGUCUCGAGCUUUCCGAUCUCUUGAUUCAGCCCCAAGCACACCUUCUCCAUAGUUUUCAGGAAGUGCUUGACAAGCAAAGACGAGACUCUUAUUGAUGGCCUUCCUAAGGAGCACUCUGACGAUGUGUGUUGCCAUUUUUCCCUUGUGUUCCUUCUUCGUGAUUGUCAUGGAGUUUUGAUUGUUGAGUGUUUGUUGAGAUAAGUUUUGCUGGCUUUUCUGUCUACUUGAAGUCUUGCAUGAGUAAAUUAUGUAUUUAAAGUGAUGAUUGGGAAGCUGUUGAGCUAUUCUAAAAUCUUGUUGCAAAGAUAAAUGAGGACAUUCUGUAAAAGGCUAGCUAAUUUGUAAUGUACUGGACAUUCGGAACCAUGGCCUUGUAAUCAUUUUGACAUGAAAUAGUU